AUGGCCAAACUAUUACUCGCAGAUAACUGCCAAGGUCAAAUCCAUCUUGUGGUGGGCCUAGAGCACCUGAAUUUGUGUGUUUCAAGGGUGAAGACUAUUCUGGAGGCUGGAGCCACACCGGUUCUAGUUUCCCCACAAAAGUCCACGAUGCUGGAUUCUCUUCAAGAUCUAGCCACCCAGGGCACAUUGAAGGUCGUAGAUCAGACCUUCAGUAUCUCACAGUUGACUCAAUUGGGGCGAGAUGAAGUAGAUAAUGUGGUAGACAAGGUGUUUGUGGUCUUGGACUCGCAAUACGCCCAAUUGAAAAAAGACAUCUCGGCUCACUGUAGAAGGCUAAGAAUUCCUGUUUCAGUGGUAGAUUCUCCAGAAUUAUGCAGUUUCACUCUGUUAUCAACCUAUUCCAAUGCUGAUUUUCAGCUGGGAGUGACAACUAAUGGAAAAGGAUGUAAAUUAGCAUCUCGUAUCAAAAGAGAACUAGUUAGCACUCUACCUUCAAAUAUUGACAAGGUUUGCGAAAACAUUGGUAACCUAAGACACAGGAUUCAGCAAGAGGAUGACGAUCAAGUGGAGGAGAUUUACAAUAGGUUACAAUUGCUAGGAGAAGAUGAAGAUGAUGCUAUUCAGACAUCCAGACUCAACCAGUUGGUUGAGGAGUUUAACAUGACCAAAGAACAGAAAAAACUACAAAGAACGCGCUGGUUGUCGCAGUUAGUAGAGUAUUACCCUCUAGGAAAACUGGCAGAAGUUUCUGUGGACGACUUAAGUGCUGCAUAUCAUGAAUCUAGUAACAACGUUGAAAUUGCUCAGAAUGGAACUUUCGACCAUGCGAAGAAAGGUUCUAUAUCAUUGGUAGGAGCAGGACCAGGAGCUGUCUCACUACUAACCUUGGGAGCACUGUCCGAAAUAUACUCUGCAGAUCUAAUUCUUGCGGACAAACUAGUACCGACUCAAGUUUUGGACUUAAUUCCUAGGAGAACGGAAGUUUUUAUUGCUAGAAAGUUUCCAGGAAAUGCUGAAGCCGCACAACAGGAACUAUUAUCCAAGGGUUUAGCAGCCUUAGAUGCUGGGAAGAAAGUAAUUCGCUUGAAGCAAGGUGACCCAUACAUUUUUGGAAGAGGUGGGGAGGAAUACCUAUUUUUCGAAUCUCAAGGUUACAGACCAUUAGUUUUACCAGGCAUCACUUCAGCAUUGGCAGCACCUGUUCUGUCUCAAAUUCCUGCAACGCAUCGUGAUGUUGCAGAUCAAGUUCUAAUCUGCACAGGAACUGGACGUAGAGGAGCACUUCCAAAUAUUCCAGAAUUUGUGAAAUCCCGUACUUCAGUAUUCCUUAUGGCAUUGCAUCGUAUUGUGGAGCUUCUCCCUGUCCUUUUUGAGAAGGGGUGGGAUCCAAAGGUUCCUGCAGCAAUUGUUGAACGAGCAUCCUGUCCAGAUCAAAGGGUUAUUAGAACUACAUUAGAAAACGUUGGUCGAGCAGUCCAAGAAUUUGGUUCCAGGCCUCCUGGGCUUCUUGUGGUAGGAUAUUCAUGUGGGAUCAUUGAAAAGUUAGAGAAGGAGUGGGAAGUGGUGGAAGGUUGGGAUGACAUUGGAGGAUCGACCAUACUAGAUACAGUGUCCAACCUUUCCAAAUGA